AUGAAGCCCAAGAAGCAACAGUCGGCGGACAGGAAGCAGUCCCAGAGUGGUGCCGUAUCGGCGCCCGGUACGCCAGCGGCAACGACCGCCGCUGCAGACACGGGAACAACGGCAACGGUACCGGGAAGCGUGGUGGCCACCGCGACGCCCACCUCCACACCGGUUACUGCUACGCCGUCCACCGCCAAGAAACCGGUGAAACGUCUUCAAUCAAAAGCCAAAGAAGCGUCCUCGACGGAACCGACGGCCGGCGCCGCUGGGGCCGGUGCCAAAUUGUCAGAGAAACUUCCAACCACCACUCAACCGGUGGCCGGACCGGUAACGGGAGGUUCCAGCACGCAAUCGAAUAAAUCGAAAUCGAGCGGUGGCUCCAUGGCGAUUGUGGCGAAAACGUUUCACCCUCCAAUGGGCGAACCAGCGCAGCAACCGCAGGUUAGCGGUGGACCGGAAGUGGUGACAUCAUCGAAAUCCGCAGCUACCACCGCGACCGGUGGUGGAAAGACGGCGAAGGCGUCGAAGAGCGCGAAAGCUAUCGAUCCGUCCGUCAGCUCACCUGGUGAUCCGAAGAAGAAGACAACGCCGGCGAAGACCGCAGCGGGGUCGGCGAAGAAGACGGCCACGCCGACGGACAGUGGCAAACAGCGGAGACAGUCUGCAGCUGGUCAGUCCGCGGCGGCGGGUCCUGCGGCCAAAUCGGGUGGCCCACCGGAUCUGGCGUCACCGGCUGCUGAUCGGUUGCGCGAGAAGGAGAAGAAGAUCCAGAAGGAGCUGAAGAAUCUCGGCGUGUCGGACAAGACGCUGCACCAGAUUGAUGCCGCGUACCUGCUGGCGGACGAGUCGGUCAAUCCGUCCAUCAGCGAGAUGGUGAAGACGAAGUCGCGUACCACGGUGGCCCACGCCAAAUACGGCACGGACUCGCACUUGAGCCCGGGAACGAUGGGUGCUUCGGGCAGGAAACCAUCGUUGACCACGGAGGACGGGCCGACCGUGGGGACGCCCGGGGACGCUGACGAAAAGCCCCACAAGGAAGCGACUUCCGGUGGAAAGGUGAAAAAAUCCGUCACGAUCAAGCUGGACGAAGAUAAGCCCCCGCCGGUGAAGGGUAAGGCUCCGAAGGGGGGUGGUCGCAAGGGGGAAGAAAAAACUCCUCCCGGGCCACAGCCAACCGCGGAAGGGGCUGGCAAAGGUAAGGCGGCGGCCACCCCGAGAAGCUCAAAGUCCCAAAAGAAGACCCCGGAGACGAAGCAGCAGUCGCAGCAGCAGAAAAAGGCGGCCACCAGCGAGAAGGGGCUCACGGAACAACGCAAGUCAGCCUCGGGGGAUUCGGGUGUCACCAAACAGGUUAGUUUUGAGGCCGGGCGGGGCAGCUCGGUGGAGCACGAAGAUCACGAGGAGAAGAACGCCGCGGUCCAGAUUCAGAUCGAUAGCAUCGUGAAAGCGCUCGAGCGGGAAGAUAGCGACACCGGUGGCGCCGGUGGUGCGAAGAAGGACACCGGGGAGCAAGCUGAUAAGAGGAACGAUUCCACUUCCGGCGUUGCCCAGGGGAAAGGUGCGGAAGUGAAGGUGUCGACACCGGCGGGUGGCGGCACCAAGAAACCAGCCGAACCGAAGCCGGCUCGCAAGCCGGCCCUUAAGAAGGACACCGGAUCAUCGAAAGGGGCAGGCGAAAAGAAGAAGGGUGGCGGGGAGAAGAAAGAGGUUACGUUUAAGGAGCAACCGCCGACGUCGCCGGCCAAGCGGAAGUACGUGAAGAAACCGAAACCGGCCGGCGAAAAGAAGCCUCCUGCGGCGAAGGCGGCGAAACCGAAACCGGCAGCGACCGGCAAAUCGAAGGCUUCCGGUGGCGGUGGCAAGACAACGGCGGCCGGCAAGGCGAAGACGGAACCGAAAGGAACUGCUAAGCCGUCAACCGUGGCCGAGCCCACGGUGCAAAACGAAUCCAGCCCCAAACCCGCGGACGGGAAUGAUCCGAUACCAGUGGAGGAGCCCGCACGAAGCGAACCUUCGGAAGUGGCCAUCACCACGCCCGUGAAAAUCUCAAUGGAAUCUCAAAAAUCUCAGGAGCCUCCAACGGUGCCCGCUAGUGGUGGAACAUCGUUGGCACCGACCAUAGCACAGUCCACCCACCGGGACCGAUCCUCGACGGAGAACGACGACGAUGUGCCACUGAAACAGCUUCAGGCGAAGACCCAGUCCAUCGGACCGACCAAGCAACCGGAGACGCACUCCGCCACGGUGGAACCGGAGGUGGUUCCGAGCAAACCAAAUGGAGCUCCUGUCGCCACUGCUGCUGCUGCUGCCGCCGCUGGUCCCAUCCUAGCCGGACUGCUGAAAGCGGGCGGUUCCGGUGCUAAAGCAGCCAAACGUCCGUACGUCCGGAAGAACCCGAACCCGCCCGGUAAAGGAGCGAAACCCGUGCCCGGUGGAUGUGGGACGCAGGGCGCGAAGGCAGACCAGCGGAAGGCACCGGAGAAGAAGGACGUGUACGACUUUGACGACUCCGAGAGCGAAAUCGAGGCCCCGGUCAAGGCGGGAAAGCCGAGCUUCAAGCGCAAAUCGUCCGUCGACCUGUGCCAAUCGUCGCGCGAGGAUAUCUCCCAGCCGGCGGAUGACCCGGCCAAGCCCAAGGAGCCACCGCGGGGGCAGGAUGCAGUGGAGGCCAAGCCCCAGGAGGCGGAACCGAAAAAGGAGCUCCGCAGUGGUUCGUCCUGCUCGCCGUCCUCCGGCUCGGAUGCGGAAGAUGGUCGCCCACUGGACAACUUGGUGGUGCCGGAGGCGAAGGUGAAGAAAAAAGCGCCCCCGAGAAGGGUGAAACAUGAGACGCGGGAGUCCCGUUCGUCCGACAACGAGGACGAAGAGGGCGACCCGGGUGACGAUGCGGAAGAUGAGGAUGGUGAGGAGCAGGAGGAUGAGGAGGACGACGAGGAGGACGAGGAAGACUCGGACGGAUGUUCGUCCGGCGACACCGUGCGGACCCGGAUCGCCAAGAAGCGCCAGUCGGCCAAGAAGCGCAACCUGAAGCUGUACGGGUUCUGGUCCGGACCGAAGCGGCACCGGGUGGCGUCGCUGAAUGCGAUUGCCAAGGUACACUGUCUGUACGAGAACGAGCGGCCCGCGUUCGACGCCAGCCUGAUGGUCCGCCAGUCGAGCGGAUCGCGGGUCAUCCGAACGAUCACCAAGGACGGGGAGCGCAUAAAGAAGGAGCGCAUCUGCGACGACGAGAGCGCCGAAGGGGGCGACGGAGACGGGGGCCGCCUGUCCGGUGGCGAUGGGGCCAGCGAAGACCAGGACGUCGGCAAAGGCGGCACCGCGCCGUCGGACCGGAAGGGGGCCGGUGUGAAGCAGGAGCGAAAGUCGGAGCCGCCAGCCGCCAGCGAGCGGGCGGCUGAACCGAAGGGAACGAAGGUGAGCGUGAAGGUGGAACCGGCCAAGAAGGAACCGGCGAGCGACCCGGAAAGCGACUCGUCCGAAGAGGAACCGGUUGUGACGAGAACGUUACGGUGCGUCCCGGGAUUGCGCGGAGCCGGGAAACACUGGGACCCGGACGCGUCCAGCAUGGAGUCGGACAUCGAGCAACUGCCGGACAGUGACGAAACCUACGCCCAGGGCAAGGACACGGAUCCGACCCGCAAGCGGAAACUAAGGAAGAAGGCCGCGGCUCGCAAGAGCAAGGCGAAGCAGGCGGCGCUGGCCAAACAGGAGAAGGAUAAAGACAAGGCAGCCGGCAACGAAAAGCCGGAAAAGGCACCCCCGAAGCCGCCUGUGAAGAAGAUCAAGAAGGAACUGAAGGCGCUGUUGACGGACACAGAGCGGCAGGAUGACGGGGCGGCCAGUUCCGAGUCAUCGACGGGCUCGGAGAAGGCGGCCACCACGGCGGCGGCCAAAUCGAAAGAUGAUGGUGCGAAGAAGCGCAAACGAGAGCCGAAGGUGGAGCGGGCCGCGAACGAGGGGGUCACCGACUACACGGAGUAUAUCGGCAAGAAGCGGAUGGCGAGCCUCAAUGCGACCGCCAUGCUGGCGGCCACCUACGAAGUGCAGCGCACCCUCUACCGCAACACCGACUCGAGCGACUCCGAGUGUUCGGCCGCCGAGAAGGCGCCCAAGUCGAAGAAGGCCAAGGAACAGAAGGAUCAAAAGGAUGCGGCGAAGGCAGCAGCGUUGGCAACGGCCGCCGCCGCUGCCGCUGCCGCAGCGGCCGACGCUAGAGAAAAGAAGGAAGCGGCCGCUAAGGAGCCACCACCGGCGAACGUGGAGGAACCCUCGACGUCGUCGUCGUCCGCCGCUGCGCAUCACCACCAACAGCAGCAGCAGCAGCAGCAAGAAGUGCUGGCCAAGAAGAAGAAAGUGGUCAUCAAGACGGAGCCGAUGCGCGAUCGCAAGGACGAUCCGAUGGAGGUGAAGCGUGAAAUCGAAGAGCCGCGACCGGUGUCGAGCAAUUUGGUUAUCGCGCAGGACACGGAAGUCACGAUUACCGGCGUGUACGUUAAUUCCACGCUCGGCACCAACCAGGAAGCGUACUGCAAGAUGCAGUACCGCGUACAGCAGAGUGUCACCGAGGAGCGGCUGGUACGCCCGGGUGAUGGUGCCCCGCCCAAGUCCUACACUCCGCUGUCGGCCCUCUCCAGUAUGCGCCCACCGAACGAUCAAAGUUUAUCAACGCCGCCGCUGUUCGUGCCACCGGCCCAGUGCGACUCCCCGUUGCUCGGUCCACCGCGCCCGUCCUUCUACCCACCACCAACGUCGUCCUCCGGAAGCUCGAGCGCCUUCUGUGCCCCGUUGCCGCACGAUAGUCCAGGUACGUACCGCACCACACGGUGA